GCGCAUUCCAAUUGACUUCAUUUGCUUUGUUUAUUUUAACCAAAAAUAAUUAAUUACUAUAAUAUAAUUUAAAUCCAAUUAAAAUGCCUGAAAGAAUAGCCCUAUCGUAUAAAAACUGUUCGGAGAAGUUCACCCAAAGCCCCGACUACAAAAAACAAUACUGCAGUAUUUACCUGAGCAGGCUCAAAGAUAUGGAGCCUCUGUUAGUGGGGCGCAUUCAACGCAAAUGGGGCGACCAAUAUCCCAUUUGCCAGCUGCACAAACUCACCGAGCAAACCUACGACAAAGUAAUCGUAAUUGGUACUUUGUUCAAAGACCAGAAGCUCAAGCCUUCUGUGCUAAAAAGGUUAGCUGAAGGCAAUCAACUGAUGCCCCAACCGCUUCUGACUCAUUUCACCGACGAGUCGGACGCCCUUUACAUGGAAGACGAAGUCCAGAGAUACCAAAUCCUCAAUUUGGACCACUUAAAGCUGGUCACAGGCAUCACAUGUGCCUUGUUGGGUUCUGAUGUGGGCAAAGGCAAGUUCCAAGUGAACGAUUUUGUGUUUGCCAGCUUCAGAACUCAAAUAGAUCGUCCUGUUUUUACUAGAGCAACUUAUGUGCUGUUUCUGAGCGGGCUUGAUUUCACACACCAAGAAAAACACUCGGUAAACUUGCAAUUGCUCACUUAUUGGAUUGGAGGGCUAUUGGGAGACUCAGAAAGAGUUUCACAGGUGUGCAGAGUUAUUAUUGCUGGUAACAGUAUCAGUACUGAGCCUACUAAAGCCAAAACUACAAUUUCAAUGGUCUCAAAAGUCAAUGAUGCCCCUGAUUCAAUUGAAGCUGUCGAAGCUUUUGAUGAGUUUUUGUUGCAUUUAUGCCAAUUGGUUGAUGUAGAUGUUAUGCCAGGCCAAUACGAUCCUUCUAAUCACAUCUUGCCUCAGAAACCAAUGCACUUUUGCAUGUACCCUCAAUCAGCCCAAUACAAAUCGUUUAAUCAAGUGUCCAAUCCAUACAAGUGCCAAAUUGGCGGUUUGAGCUUCACUGGCACCUCAGGGCAACCAAUCAAAGACAUAAUGAGGUUCUCAGAAGUGACUGAUAGUCUGGAGGCUUUGCAGUGUUGUUUGGAGUGGAACCAUUUGGCACCCACAGCCCCUGAUACCUUGGGUUGUUUCCCCUUUUACCAAAAUGACCCUUUUAUCAUUGAAGAGUGUCCUCAUGUGUUUUUUGCUGGGAAUCAGGAGAAGUUUGCCAGCAAAAUGGUUCAGGGGGACGACAAUCAGGAAGUUUGCUUGAUCAGUUUGCCAGAAUUUUCUCAAACUCAUCAGGGUGUUUUGUUGAAUUUGGAAAGCUUAAUUUGUCACACUGUAUCGUUUGAAACGAAAUAAAAUUGAUCAAUUAUUAUUAGAACAAUUAAUUGCUUUGUGUUUUAUUUAAAAAAAAAAAGUAACUUGUCUUUGAAGUGUGUCUUCAAAACUACAUAUAUUAUCCGUUCAC